CUAGUCUACUUUUUUAUUGUUUUUUAAUAAGAAAAGAAGCUCUAAAUAUUUAUAGUACGUGAAUUUUUAGAAAUUUGAUACUCUUUUACUACUUAUUUCUUAAUAAGCGUGUCAAGUCAACACGUGAAAAACAUUUCUAGACGAAGAGAGUUAACAAAAAGAUGAGUGAAUUUAGCAAUACUAUUGCUAAAUAAUCAAAUUGGACGAACACAUCAGAUUGAAAAAUUACCAUAGUUCAUUUACAAUUAAUAGUGGCAGAGAAGCGAGGAAGAAGACGAAGAUGAACACCGACAUCACGGCCUCUGUGAAGCCAGGAUAUCCAGUGAUAGAUCGGAAUCCGCCCUUCACGACCGUCGUUUCCAAUUUCAACACUCUCGAUUACCUCCGGUUCACCACCAUCACCGGAAUCUCAGUCACCGUCGGCUAUCUCUCAGGAAUAAAGCCUGGGAUUAGGGGGCCAUCAAUGGUGACUGGAGGACUGAUUGGGCUGAUGGGAGGGUUCAUGUACGCUUACCAGAACUCUGCGGGAAGGCUCAUGGGAUUCUUCCCUAACGAAGGAGAGGUAGCUAAGUACAAGAAGUCCCUGUCUAGAUGAGCUAUUUCUUCUGUUGUAUCCAAGUAAGCUGGAUAGAUUUGCCAUGGUAUUAUGAAUAAUUGUGCCGCUUUUGAUGUUUUUAUUUCGAAUCCGAUGAAACAUUCUUCGAAUGUGUACUGGCAAGCUGCUUGAAAUGGAAGAUUUGUAUUUGGAUGCUUUCUCUUUGACUCUUCAUCCUUGUCUGUGAUAUGGAGCCACAUUAGGUUUUUCUUUUUUGCUGAGCUUGAAUAUUUAUGUAUUGCUGCAUUUCAUUGUGCUACUUGAAGAACCACUGAAACAAAUAUGAACACAUCUU